AUGCAACCCCCCAAAAAACCACACCGUCUUGCCCGUAUCCGCGCGCUGCAAAACGGCAAGGAAUCCAGUAUUGACAUGUCCAUUUCUAGAUAUCUUUUAGAAGGCAAUUAUCGAGAGACAGCGGUCAAAUUUCAGAAAGAGUGGCACAAGACAGAACCGCAUCGCCAGCUCGACUUUGCACGUCAUGUCAAGAGCCAUGCCUUGAUAAAUGUUCUGAAUAAAGGUCUACUUUACAAUUCGCUCGAAAGGGACUUUGCCCAUUCACAACAACAAACGCAGCAGCAGCCACUGCAGCUACGGGAGAAAGAAAAUGCAGCGGCAGUGGCCGAGGUGCCGCAAGUAGGGGUGUUUGGUCCGCUAGUUGCGCCUCCACCUCAUCCUGGGCCUGCAGCUGGUAUUACUGCUGGAGCUGGAGAUGGACAGACCGAAGUCAAGGAGCACGACCCGGAUGAGGAUGCAGAGGGCGAAGAGGAGACGAUUGAGGAGAUUGAAAACUCACGAAAGCGUCAAAUGGAAGGGUCACAACAGGCGCUCGUCAAUGGCGGCGGCGGCGGUUCACCAACCAAGCGUCCCCGGCUGAGCAAUGGCUACGAAAAUGGUGUUGGUGUGGAUGCAGCUACGGACCCCAUGGAACUCGAUGGCCAGCACGGCGGCGACAACCACGCUUACCCGUCCCCCCUGGAAGGCGAACAAGCGCCGACCCCGAUCCCGCGUACUGACGGCCCAGAGCAAGGCACGCAGGUCGAAAAGGUGCAGGAACUCACUACCGAGACCAUCUUCAUUCCCCUGAGCGCUGAAGACGCCUCCGUCUCAUCUCCAUCGCUGACCACAGCAGCGCCCCGAGGGGGAGUCAAUGGCGAGAACGCGCCUGUUUUGCUGCAUUGCCAGUGGAACCCCAAGGACCCAACCAUCUUGGCGGCUGGUGGGACCGAUGCACUAGCACGCAUUUGGACCGUCUCGCGUGCGACAACCGCCGCCGACCAGCACCAGGACCCUGCAUCCAAUCACGUGAACGGCACCAUCCCACCCUUCCACAGCCUGAUAAUGGACGGCAUCAGCCACAGGGCAAAUGUUACUGCCAUGGCCUGGAGUUGGGACGGCAAGUCUAUUGCCGUCGCGACUGAUGCCGACGGAAAAGGCAAGAUUAGCGUCUGGGACGUCCAUGGCAGUCUUGUACAUCACUACGAGGUGCCCGAAGCUCCUGUCAUCAAACUCCGUUGGAGUCCAAACGAUACUUCGAUAUUGGCCGUCUCGCCUGAGGGCAAUGACGCUCUCAUUACCGUCUAUCCCAUCACGGCCUUGAGCACAAUGUCCUAUGUCGUCAAGGACCACAACACGAUGCUCGACGUCGCUUGGGUGAACGAGAACGAUUUUGUCAUUGCCGGUGGGCAACUAUUGAAGUGCCUAACGUGCGACGACACGAGCGGCUCGAUCGACAUCAAAAAUUCAUAUGAACCACGGGAGGGCGACAAUUUGACGCAGGUGCAUUUCGAUUGGCGGACAUCAUUAGCUGCCACGUGUGGAGACCAGGGUUUUGUCGAGAUAUGGGACUCGACGGGUCGUCAACGUGAAAUCCGAACUCAUGACGGAGUUAUCACCGCACUUGCUUGGCAACCACUACAAACUUCACCUCCUGAUGACGAGCGGCUUAUCGCAUCCGCCGGUGAAGACGGCGCAAUUUUCAUCUGGAAUGCUCGAUCCACCGACGGCAAGCCCAAGUGCUCAAUGACUAUGGGAGACCCAAUUGUCGCCCUUUCAUUUACUCCUGAUGGAGCAUUCAUUGCCGGCGCAACACACGAUAAGAUCUUGAUCUGGAAAGUAGGCGAUCACAGCAUACCAAGAGCGAGCUGGGAACGCAUACCACAUCCUUCAAGUCCACGGCUACAAUCUGAGACAGAUGAGGAAGAUGAGCAUUGCCUUUCCUGGGAUGCGACAGGCCAAAGGCUUGCAUUUGGUGUCAAUAGUCGGCUUGCCAUCAUAAACUUCCGGUGA